AUGAGAGAUGGGCCUAUCGAGGUGCCAACCGAUGAGUUUCCCCGUCACGGAAGCACCUUCGAAGCCAUGUGUAAACUAAAGCCGGUUUUUGCAAAGGGCAAAUCUGGCACUGUCACUGCUGCUAAUGCUUCAGGAAUAAAUGACGGGGCCGCAGCUGUGAUUCUGAUGAAGAAAUCAGAAGCUGACAAGAAAUGCCCGAAACCUUUGGCUCAGAUUGUAUCCUGGGCCGAGGCUGGUUUGGAUCCUGCCAUUAUGGGAGUCGGGCCUAUAGCAGCAAUAAGGAAGGCCGUAGAAAAAGCCGGCUGGACGCUGGAUGAAGUUGAUCUCUUCGAAAUCAAUGAAGCUUUUGCAUCACAGUCUGUAGCUGUUGUCAAGGAACUGGGUAUAAACCCAGAGAAGGUAAACAUCCAAGGUGGUGCUAUUGCUUUAGGUCACCCUCUGGGAAUGUCUGGGUGCCGCAUUCUGGUUACACUUCUCUACGCACUGGAGAGAACAGGAAAAAAGCGUGGCAUUGCUUCUUUGUGUAUAGGAGGUGGAAUGGGAAUAGCUAUGUGUGUUGAAAGGCAAUAAAUUACACCUAAAUUU